AUGUUUGUGAGCCAGCUGGCCUGGCCACUGAUGCUAGCUUUGGGGACCAUGACAGUGGCUGCAGAAGCAUCGACGGCAACUUCAACAACCUCCUCCUCGACCGGUGUCGCGACCCAUACGAUUCAGGUGGGACCUAAGUCAAAUCCACAUCAAUUUGUUCCAACCGACAUAACGGCCAACGUGGAUGACAUUGUCAUCUUUGAAUUUUACCCAACAAACCAUUCUGUCGUAAAAGCAGAUUAUCUCGCUCCUUGUGUACCAGCAAGCGGAAAUGUCUUCUAUUCGGGAGCCUUCGUAAAUUUCAACGAGAACGAUGGACAACUUGUCGGGCCACCUCCGACUUGGUCCUUACGAGUCAAUGAUACUCAGCCCACUUUCUUCUAUUGCACUGCAAUAGAUUCAUGCAUCAAGAAUGGAAUGGUCGGAGUGAUCAACGCGAACACAACCCAGUCAUGGGAAACACAAUACGAAAGAGCCCUGACGUACCCUUAUAUGCUAGUUCCAGGCCAGUCUAUGCCCGCAGAAGGCGACGGUAGCAGUUCUAGCAGCGACAAUAGCUCUUCUGGCGGUAAGCAUGGGCUUAGCACGGGGGCUAUUGCAGGUAUUGCCGUUGCCGGUGUGGUCUUCGUGAGCAUAUUGGUGGCACUGUUCUUCGUUCUAGGCCGCAACCGCGUAUACUCGCAGUGGGUAUCCUCGGAGGAUGGACGCACGGAAAGAACCGCACGCUGGGCACUGUUCAACCACGGCGAGCCAUACAACAACGGGAAAAGCGAAGCGGGGAGUAGUGUCCCAACUAACAACCCAGCCCCUGUCGAUAUAACCGCCGUCUCUAGUCCUGAUCCCAAUGUGCGCACAUUAUCACCUGGGGCACGAGUUACCUCCGGUGCCGGUUCCCUAUCUAUGCAGCAGGGACAUUGGAGCUGGAAUGAGCCUCCUCCGCGUGUCCGUGCAAGCGCGAUGGCCACAGAGCUAGAGGGCCAUCCCAUUAUCUGGGAGGCACCAGACAGUACUCCGGAGUAUCGGUGGUGA